AGUAGAUCAGGCAUGUGAGAAUAUCAUGCGAAACUUGAAAGCACAAGUUAAUAUUGGGGAAGCGCGUACUGCGUAUUCGCUUGCGGACUCAUUCAUUUUUCAUACAUUAUCUUCCGAUAGCGCAGAUGAAAAAAACAACAAAGAAGAUUUCAUUCGACAAAUCAAGCCUAAAUCGCUCCAUAACUCCAUACCAGUAGAACAAAGGGAGUUUUAUAUUUGUUUGACUGACAGGAAGAAAGGUGUCCCGUGUAUAAUCGAGGAAACUCACUUUUAUCAAUCACCACAUACGAUCCAUCACAGCUUACCAAAAUGCCAUUGAACAUUGACCACUUCCAAAUCCAUCACCCAUACGUCAAUCCUCAAGAACUACCUUUCCCAACGACCACCUUACCCGGUGGAGGGAGGGCUGCGAUAUACCCUGCUGUGAAGACGAGAUGGGCGGGGCCGAAUGUUGGAUUUGGUGCUGGGUUGAUGGGUAUGCCCCACCCGCUUGGAACCCCCUUGGCAUGGGAAGUAGGUACGGGUAUCGAUAAUACGGCGGCCGCCUGGAGGAGAUAUUAUGGCCUUGGAGGGCUUUUGACCGGUUAUCCUCUGCAUUAUAGGCUACCUGGUAGACCUGGAUUAGGAGGGUACUUUGGUGGAUGGGAGAUACGAGAUUGAUUGAUCAACUGGAAUUGGGGAUUAACAGCUACUACGUAAAUAAAACUGAGUGUACGAAAUCUCGUACUAUGUUUAUACAGUGACUGCAUGUAAAACACACAAAUAAUCA